UUGACAGCUUUGUUAAUGUGAAUAUAAAAUAGUCUAAAAAUAAUUGAUAUAAUAAUUUAUAUAAGUUAUAAUGUCUUCUCUUAAAGGUUGGAGAUACACAGUCUUCAUUGGGGGAUUUGUUGGUUUAAUAGGACUUGCAUUAUAUCCCAUAGCAGUAAGCCCUAUGAUGGAUGCAUCAGAAUACAAAAAGAUCCAGAAGGAAACUAGGAAAAAUAUUAAAAUAGAAGAAGUGCAACCAGGAAAUAUGAAUGUAUGGUCAGAUCCAUUUGGACGAAAGAAAGCGGAUAGUGAAUAAAGAAUAUGAUUUGUUUAUGUACAUAACUUUAAUUUAUAAAAUAGUUAUUAGUUUCAAAUAAAUAUAAUUUAUAGAA